AUGCCCUCCGGACCCGCUAAAGCUGUGGUUAACGGUACAACCGUGGCCGAGACCGACACCUACGAGGUUGUCGAGGGGAACGUGUACUUCCCUCCGUCAUCAAUCAAGUCCGAGUUCUUUAGCAAAACGGAUCACAGCACGCACUGCCCUUGGAAAGGAGAUGCGAGCUACUAUACGCUCAAGGUCGGGGACAAGGAGCUCGAGAACGCGGCUUGGUACUACCCCGAGACCAAAGAAAAAGCCAAUAACAUCAAGGGCUACGUGGCUUUCUAUAAAGGCAAGGUCGAAGUAGCCACCAACUAG